AUGCUCCCGCCAGGAUGGGAUUCCCCAGGCCUGCCCCUCGCCCAGCCCCCUGGGAGAGAAGGGCGGGUCCGUCCCCAGCGGCCAGACCUGGCCCUGCGUUCCCAGCGGGGGGCGGGCCGCGAGGUGGGGCUUUGGGCUCCAGGGCGGCUCCGUAGUGGAGCGGCUCUAACUCCCGAGGACCUGAGGCUGACCCUGCCUCCGCCCUCCUACGGACCCGGGCACGAGUGCCCCGCCCUUCUGGCUGCCUAUGUUCCUGUUCAUUGUACUAUAAGAAGACAAGGAAAACUGAUGAUGGAGUCUGAGUGCCUGUCAGCCAGGUCCCAGGCACCUGUGAUAUUCGAGGAUGUGGCUGUAUACCUCACCCGAGGUGAGUGGGACUGUCUGGACCCUGCUCAGAAGAGCCUCUACAGAGAUGUGAUGCUGGAGAAUUAUGAGAAUAUGAUCUCUUUGGGAUUUCCAGUGUCUAAACCUGAUGUGAUUUCCCAGCUGGAGCGAGGGGAAGAACCAUGGGUUGUGCACACACAAGAGAAAGUGACCCUAAAAGAAGACUGUUCAGAUUGUGUGGCCAGGCCUGAGAAUAAGACGUUGUCUGAAAAGCAGAAAAUUCCUGAAGCAAUGAAAUUACAAUCAGCAACUUUGGAAAGAUUUACAGGGCAUCUUCCCCAGAAAUCCAAAUGUAAAGAAGCUUGUGAACCUAAAGACAAGUCAAAGGAAUAUCUAACAGAGGGACUGAGAAAACUUCUUUCACAGAAAAAGGGUUUCAAGCCAAUGACAAUGAUCCAUCAGAAAUCUCCCACAAGGGAGAGAAGUCAGGAAUGUAAUGAAUUUGGGAAAAGCUUCAGAAAGGAAUCAAACCCUAUUGGGCAUCAGAGAAUUCCUUCUGGAAGGAAAAUUCAGUCAUGUGACAAAAUGAGCCAAAGCUUCAAGCAGAAUUCAGACCAAAUGAAAGUCCAAGUGGAAAAGAAAUUUUGUAAACCUAAUGUAUAUCAGAAAGGUUUUAGGCAAAGUUCCACCCAAUCUGGACAUCAUCAAAUUAAUUAUGGAGAGAAAUCCUAUGAGUGUAAUGAAUGUGGAAAAACCUUCCGUCAAAGCUCAGCCCUUAAUCUUCAUCACAGAAUUCAUACUGGUGAGAAACCCUAUGAGUGCAAUGAAUGUGGGCAAACGUUUAGCCAGCUUUCUAACCUUAGUACACAUCAGAGAAUUCACACUGGAGAGAAACCCUAUGAGUGUACAGAAUGUGGAAAAGCCUUCCGCCAACAUUCAGUUUUUAUUCGGCAUCAGAGAAUUCACACUGGUGAGAAACCCUAUGAGUGUAAUGAAUGUGGAAAAGCCUUUACUACCUGCUCAUCCCUUAUUCUGCAUUAUAGAAUCCAUACUGGAGAGAAACCCUAUGAAUGUAAUGAAUGUGGCAAAGCUUUCAGUCAGAGCUCAUCUCUUAUCCUGCAUCAUAGAAUUCAUACUGGGGAGAAACCUUUUAAAUGUAAUGAAUGCGGACAGACCUUUAGCCAAUUGUCAACCCUUAUUAAACAUGAGAGAACACAUAAUGGAGAGAAACCCUAUUUAUGUAAUGAAUGUGGAAAAUCUUUCCGUCAGGACUCUCAACUUCUGUUUCAUCAGAGAACUCACAAUGGUGAGAAACCCUUUCAGUGUAAUGUAUGUGGGAAAGAUUUCAGUGCUCGUGCAUCCCUUAUUCAGCACCAGAGAAUUCAUACUGGAGAAAAGCCCUAUGAGUGCAGUGAAUGUGAGAAAGCCUUCCGUAGACGCUCAGAAUUUAUCCGGCAUCAGAGGGUACAUACUGGGGAAAAACCAUAUGUGUGUAAUCAGUGUGAAAAAUCCUUCAGUGUACACUCUUGCUUUAUCAGACACCAGAGAAUUCACACUGGUGAGAAACCUUAUAAAUGUAAUCAAUGUGGGAAAGCCUUCCGUCAGAGCUCUCAUCUUCUUACACAUCAGAGAAUUCAUACUGGAGAGAAACCUUAUGAGUGUAAAGAAUCUCUAUCCUUUAGGUCUCGUCAGCUGAAAAGAAAACCCCCUGCAACAGUCAGGUAUAGUCAGUCGAGUCAAACGAAUUCUCACGAAGGAACCAGGAGGAUAGGAGGGGGAGGGAGCACGGUCAUCCCUGAGCAUCUCGGGGCCGGGAGGAGACAAGUGAGCCCUCAGUCUUUCUAUGCCAUUAUUACCGGCCCCAUUUUACUAAAAAAGGAGGGUCGGGCUGCGGAGAAGCAGCUAGUUCAGGGCCAUUCAGCUAGUGAUUACCACCCCGCCCUCGUAGAAGGAGGCCAUGCAGAGCUGAACCACCAAGAUUGGAGGCUUCCAGGUCACCUAGAACAGCGGGAGCAGCCUUGUGGGCGGUACUUCCUAUCUGUGUCACUGGCCCUCCUCCCAGGGGCGGUGUCUGAUUUGCGGGAGCUUGUCCUCACCCCUCCCUUUCUCUUUUACAAAUAA